UUUUUUUUAUUGAUAUUAUUCUCUUUUUUACAUAUAAUAACAAAAGAAUUAGAGUUUGAUAAUUCUUAUCUCUUGUCAUUCUCCUCUAAACUCUCCAUUGUUCACCAACCCAUUAUCUUUUUUUAAUCCAACAAACAGAAACCCCUUUAUUUGAUGUUUAGGGAAUGAGCAAAUGUACAUUGCAAGGGUAAAAUAUUGAUUGAAAUUUCAUAAUAGCUAGAAAUUUCCAUCUAAAAGGGCACAGAAGUUAAUUAAUCAUGGGUGCUACAACUCCCAACCCAGCUAGGGUUAUGAGAUUCACCAAGGAGUUGUCAAAGGCAACUAUAAUAAUAGAGAGGCUUCGUGAGUUGGCUUGGAAUGGUGCACCAACUUAUAUGCGGCCUGAUGUGUGGAGGCUCCUCUUGGGAUAUGCACCAUCUAAUUCGGAUAGGAGGGAGGGAGUUUUGAAAAGGAAGCGACUCGAGUACCUUGAAUGUGUAGCCCAAUUUUAUGACAUCUCCGAUCUCGAACGUUCAGAAGAUGAAGCCAACAUGCUUCGUCAGAUAUCUGUCGAUUGCCCAAGAACCGUACCAGAUGUCACAUUCUUCCAACAACCGGAAGUUCAAAAAUCCUUGGAGCGUCUUCUCUACAUAUGGGCAAUAAAACACCCAGCAAGUGGUUAUGUGCAAGGGAUAAAUGAUCUUGUGACGCCAUUUUUGGUCGUUUUCUUGUCUGAGCACUUGGAAGGCGACAUAGAUAGCUGGUCUAUCUUUGAUCUUCCUCCAAACAAAAUUCUGGAUAUAGAAGCAGAUUGCUAUUGGUGCUUGUCCAAGUUGCUCGAUGGAAUGCAAGACCAUUACACGUUUGCUCAGCCAGGAAUCCAAAGGCUUGUUUAUAAACUCAAGGAAUUGGUUAGACGAAUUGAUGAGUCCGUCUCAAAACACAUGGAAGAACAAGGACUCGAGUUUAUUCAAUUUGCUUUUCGCUGGUUCAAUUGUCUCUUGAUACGCGAGAUCCCAUUUCAUCUGGUCACACGAUUGUGGGAUACUUAUCUUGCAGAAGGAGAUACACUGCCUGAUUUCCUUGUUUACAUAUUUGCUAGCUUUCUUUUAACUUGGUCUGAAACUCUUAAAAAACUAGAUUUUCAAGAGAUGGUAAUGUUUCUACAACACCUUCCAACCCACAAUUGGACACACCAAGAGCUAGAGGUGGUACUUUCCCAGGCAUAUAUGUGGCAUAGCAUGUUCAUCAACUCUCCAAGCCACUUGAUGACUAACUAAUUAUUAAUCAUAUGCAAUCUCCCAUGUAUGUACAAAUAUUUCUAUCAAUAUUAUGGAUAAUCAGUUUUGCAAUUUAUGUAUAUAAGUAUCUAAUUUAGAACCGACAUCAAAUGUUUUCGAUGUAACAUGUACAAUUUUUUCCUUUUUGUUAACACUACAUGUAUCAUCCUAGGUCUCUCUUAUCUUAUGUAUAAUAAUUGUCUGUAAAAGCCGCCGGGAAGAGUAACUAAUCUUACUCCGUCGUUGGCCGGCAGAGAAACAGAGAUGCCGCCGGGAAAUUCUCCGGGGCCAUUUUCGAAUCACAGUCAGUAUAUCGCGAUAAUAUUAGUCAAUUUCUCGCGUUUCGAAUUGGAGUUCCGAAACGUGUCGGGUUUCCCGUUUCUCCCCCC